CACAGAAGUUCAGCACGACCAGCGAAGAGAAACACUAACUUCUCUUAAGGAGACACAAGCUGAGGAGACUAGUAGCCUACUACUGUGGAUAUUACAGUUCUCAUCUAUCUAAAGAGACUCAAAGGCUCCUGCUUCCAGCACGCCAUGGUAACCCACAGCAAGUUUGACUCCGCAAUGAGCAGCAGCCUUUUUGACGCAAGCAUGCGGCUGCCGACUCACCGUUACAAAACCUUCAGCUCAAGGCUGCAAUACCAGAUGGUGCAACACGCCAUCCGAAUGCUCCAGGAGAGCGGCUUCUACUGGGGGUCCAUCAGCGGAAAAGAGGCCAACCACCUGUUGAGCUCGGAGACUAGCGGGACCUUUCUGGUCAGGGACAGUUCGGACAACCGGCACUUCUUCACGCUUAGCGUUAAGACCGAGUCGGGCACCAAGAACUUGCGGGUUCAGUGCGACAGCAAGUCCUUUUUCCUGCAGACGGACUCCAAGAGCGUGCAGUCCGUGCCUCGCUUCGACUGCGUGCUGAAGCUCGUCCAUCACUACAUGCCCUCGCCCAGAAGCGCCCUGUCCAUUGGGAACUCAAGGAGCGCCUACUACAUCUACACUGGGGGGGAGAAAAUCCCUCUGGAACUUUUAAGACCCCUACCUUGCAUAAUGUCCUCCUUGCAACACCUCUGCAGGAAGACCGUGAAUGGACAUAUAGACGUUUCUGACAAGAAAGAGCAGCUGCCCCAACAGCUCAAAGACUUCCUACAAGAGUAUGAUGCUCCCAUUUAAACAACUGCUAGCCGAUGGAGAUGCACUGAUCUGUGAGCUACGUCGAAGGAAGAAACGGGGAGCGAUGAGGCUAGUCAAAGCCCCAAAGGUUCUCUAAGGCUUGAUGGGCCAAAGAAGUAUUGAACUGUCCAUGAGUACAUGGAGUUGGUGGGUACUAACGUGACUGAUCGCAAAGCCUCGUUCUUGCCAGUGAAUGGACAUUUGUACUGUCCCUUCGCUUGUACCAUUGCCAGACCAAUCUCUGCCUCUGCACUGCCCCGAAUCUGCAGGGAGACUGCAAGCCAUUUAACCGAAACCAGCCGCCACCGCCUUCUUCCAAGUAAAUAUUUGUGCAUUUCAAGGGAAAAGGGAAGAAGUGAGUAACAGCACUGAGGCACAAGCUGUUGAGAAACGACUUCUGGCCGGGAACAAAAGAGUCAAAGCAGUUCGGAUUAAAACACACCAGGACUGAACAUGUAUAAAAACAUAACUUGUACUUGAAAGAGCGACACUUUGAAACAAAAUGUCUGUGUGUUUUGUAGAGUCGACGUGUGUUUGUGUCAGUGCCGGGAGCAGUUUAAACGGCACUGCUUGUUAUUGAAUGUAUUAAUAUUACAUGAGUUUCACCUUGUCAUACAAGACACUGUUUACAUAUAUGAAGAUCGGUUAUCUUUUGUAAAGACAUCUCUUGAUGUUACGUAUUUAUAUUUAUAUGACAAAGAACAUUUCAAUAAUUUAUUAAAAAGCAGUAUUUUUGUACAAAUGAA